AAAACCCCAGAGCAGCUUAGAAGCAGACUGACAGGCUGGAAAUCGAGAUACAGAUACAAUAAGGUGAUAAAACAAACAGGAAACGGUAGAAGAGAUCGUUUUUAGGCACACCAUGAGAUUAAUGAGCGUAAGUGGUAGAAGGAAACAGAGAAUGAGAUAAGUUAGAUGGGGAGAGGGUGAGAAAGGAAUGUGCUGGCUGAUACAUCACCCUUCUGCUUUGUAAAAUACGACGGCGAGAAGUUGUGAAGACAGAGCACACACGUGGAAGGACCUGGGUGCUCCCCGCCAUCAUGUUGGGUGCCGCUACAUGAGGCCAGAUGUCAAGUCUGAGUGGAAAAACUGCAUCCCACAGAGAGAUGACUCACACGCAGAGAAAAUGGGGUUUCCACCGGCAAAAUCGGAUCAGUUUAACCGUUAAAGCCAAAGCAUAAAACCAUUUUCUGGCAGAAAGAGGUGACACGCUGACAGUUUAUCAGGUGUGGGACGCAAACUUCACCAGAAGACAUCAUUCCUCUCUGCCUGCAAUGCUGCAGGGAAGGAGCAGCACAGGUCACAGCAUGAACUCCUCUUCACCAUGAUGGAUAGCAUGGAAACUCAAAAACUGUCAGCAAAUUACAAGCAGAUAUCCUGAUACAAGCAUCCUGCAGGUUUGCGAGACAGCUCAUCUUAACAGCUCACAUGGACAUGUUAUGGUUUAACAUGAGCAACCAAAGCUGCAACAACCCUGAAAACCUGAAGACAUACCAGCAUCAUAUCUAUGCAGUGGUCUACAGCGUGAUAUUAGCACCAGGCCUGCUGGGUAAUGUGCUGGCGCUCUGGGUGUUCAGGAUCUAUAUUAGAGAAACUAAGAAGGCUGUGAUGUUCAUGAUGAACCUGGCUGUGGCCGACCUCCUGCAGGUUCUCUCCCUGCCUUUGCGGAUCUACUAUUACCUGAAUGACACGUGGCCCUUUGGUCUACCUCUCUGCAUGUUCUGCUUCUAUCUCAAGUAUGUCAACAUGUACGCCUCCAUCUACUUCCUGGUGUGCAUCAGCGUACGUCGCUGUGAGCUCACCAUUCACCCGCUGAGGUACAACUCUUCAAAACAAAAAGGAGACUGGUUGGUUUGUGGACUCGGCUGGCUGUUGGUCUGCCUUUGCUGCCUGCCUUUCCCUUUGCUGAGGACACCCGUUUAUGGAAUGGAUUCUAAUGACUCGCAUUGCUUCGCAGAGCUGCCUCUGAGGAAUAUCAGCAGUCCGGCAGCAUGGUCUCUCCUGAUUACAGCAGAACUGUUAGGCUUCAUCAUCCCCCUGAUCUUGGUGAUAACCUGUGCAUGUAAAACUGCUGGGAGCCUCAAGAAGGUGACAGAGGGUGCUGUUCCUGACAGAGGGGAGAAACGAAGGGCUUUAAAGAUGGUGCUGAGCUGUGCUGUUGUCUUUUUAGUAUGCUUUGCACCUUACCAUGUCACCAUGCCCAUGGACUUCCUGGUUAAAGCCAAAACACUGAGUAACUGCUCCUUUAUAGAUUUUAUUCAACGAAUUCACCCUGUGACGCUCUGCCUGGCCAGCCUGAACUGCAGCCUGGACCCACUCAUGUACUAUUUCACAACCAAUGAAUUUUGGAGGCGACUUAGCAAGACAGAGAUACCAGAGAACAUGAUGUUCACCAGGCGCCUGUCCUGCAUAACUGGAGGAGAGGACUUGGACGAUGACUGAGCCAGUACACCCAGAGAAACGCUGCACUCCAACACUGAACAAGUAAUUCCACAAUGUGGAAAUGUAUCUAAAUGGGAUUUUCUUUUCUAUUUAUUUGUGAAUAAAACUUGUUUUUUCUGCAUUUGCAUGUCUUUGCAAACAGAGAGAGUUUUUAUUACACUAUGGGGGAGGAAAUUCUAUACCAAUUUUUACAGUGAAGUCUAUUCUAGUUUCAGAAUGACUCAACUAUCAGUGCCAGCAUC